AUGGCCAGCAAGAAAACAAAAAGCGCCACUACAAAGAAAGGUAUUCUAUUUUUUACGCUAAUAUAACCAAUUGCUAGCACAUGCCAUUCUGUUUUACUAGUAAAGUACUUAAAGUCUGGUUUUCAUUGUGUUCGUUUUCCUUUAUACAUACGUUAUGAAUAUUUGUAGGAAGCUCAAAGACUUCUUCGACAGAACCAAAACCAAGUGAGAAUCCCGUUUCCUGCGUUGACAAGUCCUCUGAAUGUCUUGUGGGCUAUAUCCAUAACGUAAGUCCAAACCAAAUAAGCAAGAAAGGAUCUCCAUAUUUCUCCUUCUUCAUUCAAGAAAAACAAAAGGUUCGCAAGCGAUUUGUUUUUCUCCAGAGAAACGAAAAUUGGUGGAAAGUAAGGCCGAAAGCUGCAGUCCAUGUAAAGUCUCAAAAUUUAGACAAAGUGACGAUGCCCUCGAAGGUCAAGAUAAAGUGUUGUGGAUCAAUAACAACACGAGAAUAGACGAUGCACCAGAUACUCUUGUGGAUUUUGUUUACAACUCGGGAGCAGCUUCAACAAGUAUGUCAUCACCAAAGACAACAAUCAAAAACUUGGAAAACGUCAAGGUUAACGGACUUGUUACGGUAAAAGGACUAGUAACUUUUGGCUCCAACACACCAGAGCAAGCCGGCAGCACAGGUUUGACGAAAUUAGAAGGAUUUAUAAUUGAUGAAAGCGAUUGCAUUUCACUGACAAUAUGGAACGAUGACAUCAAAUGUGUCCAAGACGGCAAGCGCUAUGUUGCCGAAAAUCUGCGACUGCGUCAAUACCAAGGCGUAAAGUACUUGACAUCAACGCGUGAGUCAAACUUCAAAUUAUUAAAAGAAGACGAGCUUCAAAUAUCUCCCGAAUUGAUUGAAACUGCAGCGACGAAGUUACAAUUAAAGUGUAGAGAAGUUAAAUGUUUUGCCAUGACAACAGUAGAAAUAAUUGAUUACUAUUCGUGUGUGAAAUGCCAUAAAAGGAUUCAGUCAUGCCCCGAUUCAAAAGUUGCCAAAUGUGAAAAUUGUAACAUUCGAUUCCUACUAGAAAAAAGCACAAAGAACAAAAUGGCACGCGUAUCGAUGAAAACUAGCGAUACGGAAGAAGAUCAGUGGUUCUCUCUUUUUAACCCAGCUCUCCAGGAAAUAAUCAACCAUUAUAACAUCACACACGAACUUGAGCGCAACGAAGCAUUGGAAACUAUCGAAGAAGAAAAACUUAGUGAAAUAAUUUUGUUGUCAGAAGAUAGUAUGACACUGAUGGUUAACAACGCAAACAAUGGAGUUAAUCUCGUUAAGUUUUCGAAGAAGUAG